AUUUAAUAGAAUCACUUUAUUUUUAUAAUCAAGUGAAAGGUUUAAACACAUAUUUUGAUUCGGCGAUUUUUUAUUGUGUUCUCAUUUCUAAGUAUUAUUGAUAGUUCUAUUGGAAUCACUAAAUGUGUAGUAAGGCAUUGGCAAUGGACGAUUCUGAGAAUUUCAAAAUUCUUGUUGCAACAGAUAUACAUUUAGGUUUUGAAGAAAAAAAUUUAAUUAGAGCUGAUGAUACAUUCAAUACAUUUGAAGAGGUAUUACAGUUAGCAGUUAAACAUAAUGUUGAUUUUAUCUUGUUAGCUGGUGAUUUAUUUCAUGUUAACCAACCUUCAGUAACAUGUAUAGAACGAUGUAUUUCACUGCUACGUACUUAUUGUUUGGGUGACAAACCUAUAAAUAUGGAAUUUGUAAGUGAUCAAGCUGAAAUAUUUAAACAUUGUAAUCAUCCUAUAGUCAAUUUUGAAGAUCAAAACUUAAAUGUUUCUAUUCCUGUUUUCUCAAUUCAUGGAAAUCAUGAUGAUCCAUGUGGUUAUAGAGAAAUAUCUUGUAUGGACCUUUUAAGUUCAGUAGGUUUAAUUAAUUAUUUUGGAAAACAAACUAAUCUUCAAGAACUUAAAAUAGCUCCUAUACUUUUACAAAAAGGAUCAAAUAAAAUUGCUCUUUAUGGUUUGAGUCAUAUCCGUGAUGAAAGAUUGGAGAGGCUUUUUAGAGAUAGAAAAGUACGGAUGUAUUGUCCACAAGAAAAUGCAGAUAAGUGGUUCAACAUAUUUGUAUGUCAUCAAAAUCGCGAAAAGCGACCAGGUACCAAACAUUUAUCUGAAAAUGUUAUUCCGGACUUCAUUAAAUUGACUAUCUGGGGACAUGAACACAAGUGUUUGAUUGAUCCAGUUCAAAGUCGAUCUGGUUAUAUUAGCCAACCAGGCAGUACAGUAGCAACAUCUAUGUGUGAAGGAGAAUCUGGUAGUAAAUAUGUUGGGCUACUAACUAUCAAAGAUCUUACAUUUAAUAUGGAACCAUUAGAACUGAAAACUGUUAGACAGAUGCAUUUUGAAACAAUAAAACUGUCAGAGUGUGAUGAAGAUGUUAGUACUUCAAAAAAAACUCAGGAAUUUAUAAGACAAAAAAUUGAAAAUAUCUUACUGGAUUUAAGUCUCAAACGUAGUGGUCAUCCCAAACAACCAAUAUUGCCGUUAAUAAGAUUGAGAAUUGAAUAUACUAGUGAAACUCAACAUUUUAAUGGUAUUCAGUUUGGUCAAGAAUAUCAAGACCGUGUUGCUAAUUCAAAUAAUAUGAUAUUAUUAAGAAUGGAGAAGAAAAAUAUUGAAAAAAAACCUAGGUGUAUUGAUGAUGAUGUUCUUGAAAAUAUUGUGAAUGAUGAAGAAACGGAAAAAAUUGAACAUAUUGUAGAUCAAUAUUUUAGAACUACUUCUGACGUGGACAAACAAUUAGAACUAUUAUCUGUUAAUGGUAUGGCUGAAGCAAUUGAUUGGGUUGUAAAUAAAUCAUUUCCAGAGGCCAUAGAUACUGUUGUAAAACAUCAAAUGAAAAAAGUAUAUGAUUAUGUGACUAAACAUGAUGAUGUCUGUGAAGAAAAUAUAUCGGAGUAUAUUACUAGUUAUCAUAAUGUUCAAAUUAAAAAAUCUACAGAUGAAGCUUGUGAUAUCCGUAAAGUAUUGAGUUCCCAAAUAAAAACUGUUACCACUACUCAAUCAAAUGAAACUCAACAUAAUUCUGAUAAUGAAUCCAAAAAGUCUGAAUCAGAUGAUGAACAAAAAAUUCUUCUAUCAUCUACAAAAACAUCUAGUACUAGAAGUAGGGGAGGAAGAGGUCGUGCUGGUAGAGUUCCUAAAAAUUAUACUAGCGCUAAGGGCAGAGGAAGGGGAACUAAACUUAGUUUUUAAGAAUAAAUUCUUCAAUUUAAAUUUUAACUAUCUUAUUUUGGGUAAAUAAUUAUGUUAUACCUGUAAACCGUUUUUACAGUUUUUUAUUUUGAAUAAUCCUGCCGGCAAGUAUGUAAUAGAAUGUAACAAUUACAUAAUUAUUAAAU